GGAGAGGAGAAGGAGAUCUGCCCGAUUCUCUCGCCCCCCUGGAGGAUGGAUGUUCCCACCUCCCCAAACGUUACUGGGGAACCCACCAACGGGAACGGGAGCGACCAGGAGAUGCGAUCUGCUGUCAGAUGUGCGUUGGGCACACUGUUUGCGCUGAUCAUCCUACUCAUCGUGUUGGGCAAUGUCCUGGUCAUCCUGGCCAUCGCCAGGAACUCCCGACUGCAGACCCUCACCAAUGUGUUCAUCACCUCCCUGGCCUGGGCUGACCUGAUCAUGGGGGUCUUUGUGGUGCCUUUGGGGGCUACCAUCAUGGUGACAGAUAAGUGGCUCUUGGACUCUCUCUUCUGUAUGCUGUGGACCUCGGUGGAUGUGUUGUGUGUGACUGCCAGUAUCGAGACACUGUGCGUUAUCGCCAUCGACCGAUAUAUCGCCAUUACGUCGCCCCUGAGGUACCAAUCGUUGCUGACCAAAGGCAGAGCCAGGACUAUCGUGUGUCUGGUGUGGGCCAUCUCGGCUCUGAUCUCCUUCUUGCCCAUAAUGAACCACUGGUGGGAAGACAGUGAUGCCACCGCUCAGAAGUGUUACCGAGACCCGUCUUGCUGUGACUUUGUGACCAACUGGCCCUACGCGAUCAUCUCCUCCACCAUCUCCUUCUACAUCCCUCUGGUCAUCAUGGUCCUGCUCUACUCCAAGGUUUACAGUGUGGCCAAGAGGCAACUGCGGAGAAUGGAGCGGAGGAAGAAACUCUUCGUGGUCGGCGCUCCGGAGGACAGAAAGAACAAGAGGAGGACUUCCAAACUGUUGCUUCUGACCGACCAGAAGGCGCUCCAGACUUUGGGGAUAAUAAUGGGUACCUUCACCCUCUCGUGGCUUCCCUUCUUUCUGGUGAACAUCGUGCAGGCGACCUGCAAAAGCUGCGUCCCGCGCCCUCUCUUUCUGUUCUGUAACUGGUUGGGAUACACCAACUCCGCCUUCAACCCCUUCAUUUACUGCCGCAGUUCCGACUUCAGGAGAGCCUUCAAGAGGCUCCUGUGCCUUCGGGGGAAAGUGGACCCCACUCACCCGGACACCCGUGACGGGGGCUCCUGGUGCUGUGGCAGUGGGUGUCCGUCUCUGUCCCACCGCACAGUGGGGCGCGGGGAGAGGGCGGGGGAGGUGGGCGGGAGGAGCAGAUGCGGUCCCGGACACCUGGACCUCCUGCCGCCCCGGGCAGAGGGUCGGGGGGUCCCGCAGAGCACCGCCGGAGACAAACCGCCCCCAAACCCCUGA